AUGACCGGCACGACUCGAUUUUCGGCAUUGUGUUCGAAAUUUGUUAAUCUGAAAGUUGGAAAUGCUGGAAUCAACGAUCGAAAUUAUUGUCUAAUGUUAUACGACGUCGUUACGUACAGCGCAUUGUGUCGCGAUGUUUUAUAUGAAGUUGUGCAGCCAGCGCUGAAUUUAGUCAACGAAGACAGUGUAAAUGGAACUUAUUUAGGGAUUAUUGGACAGUUAUUCAACAAGACGGCAGACAUUUAUCCAUAUCCUGUGGCAGUCAGGCACAGUCGGCACGAGGUUGCGGAUUUCUCCUCUAUUAUUGGAAUUUAUUCGAUAAACUUUAUCAUUAAGCAAAUAGAAAAAACACCAGAUUGGCAGGCAAUAUUCGAGCCUUUCUCGCUACAUGUUUGGCUGGCAGUAGGAAUCACAUUUAUUUUAGUUGCAUUAGUUCUUCCUAUAAUAAUAAAUUACGAAUUAAAUAAAAAUGGAAAUGAACAUCUUUGGACAAAGAUGAGAAGCUUUUGGUUUCUAUUUUCCUCUUUCACUAAUCAAGGAUCUGACAUAAGUUACAUAAACCGACUCGUUUCCAGAAGUUUUAUCGGAAUUUGCAUAAUAUCGAUUUUAAUAUUAACAUUUGGCUAUAGUGGAACUUUGACUUCAUACUUGACUGCUCCGGUUCCGGAGCCUGUUCCAAGAACAUUCGAAGAAUUAUCUAUUGCUGUAAAAAAUGGAAAAUGCUCAUGUAGUACCCACUUAAAUCAAGAUGUAACGAAAUUAGUAAUGAACUCUAAAAGCGAAUUUAUGAAAGACAUAAAAACUCAUAUGAUCACCAAUAACAAUUUUUUUCGAAGUUCCGACAUCAAGAAACAGGUGAUGAAAGCACGAUCCGCAUUUAUUUCAGUUAAAUAUCUCUUAUCGUGGAUGGCUAAAUAUUACCCAGGACAAUGGUAUAUCUGUGAUGACUCGUUGACUAUCUUAAUUAGUGCACUUCCUAUGAGGAAGGGAUUUCCAUUUAAAAAAGAUGUUGAUUUUAUAGUUAGACAAUUAUUUGAAACUGGAUUAAUGACUACAGUUUACCCCGACAUAGUUUACAAUAUUCAGAAAAUGGAAAAUCAAAUUAUGCCGUUGGAUCUAAAUAAUUUUUUAGGUGUCGCCAUUCUUCUAAUAGCUGGAUAUACAUUAUCGAUUAUCUGCUUUGUUGUGGAAUUGUUCUUAGGAAAGAAAUCGAAAGUCUUGCCUGAUCGGAAUAACGCCUAAUCUAUUUCAUGGAAAAAUUGACUGUAUUUCCAUAUUUAAAAAUAUAACUUCAUUCUAUUGUGUAAAGCAUAGCCACAAGUAAUUACAGUAUAACUUCGAUAAUCCGGCACUUUUCGAAAAUUAGCCGAUAAUCCGGCUUUUUAUUAUUCCUUCAAUCGGAAUUUACGUUGUUACUGAUCUUAAUUAACACAGUAUAUUCAUGCAGACCGAUUAAAGAGCCUGCCUAAACAAUUCAGAGCUUAUAGAGGUUUGAGCUGUACAGAA